AUGUGCUCGCGCCGUGGACGUCGUCUCAGUCUUCCACAAACGCCUAUGGCUACACCGGCAAAUCCGACGACGCCGAGCGUCAUGAAUGGUUAUCCGUUCGCAUCUCGUCCACACUAUGAAAGAAGGCAACUUCCGAUGCAACAUACUCUUCGUCAUAAUCAUUCAAUGAGUUCUCUCAUGGGUACGAAUCGAGAGAUUCCUCGUGAAGUCUCACAAUCAUAUCAUAACCCACAUGCUCGUUUGUCUCAACCGGAUAUUCAUUCUGUUAUUUAUCGUCCACAUAAUUACUAUUCUCCCCCAGUUUCCUAUGGAAGUGCCGGUGGCCACUAUUCCUAUCAAUAUCAGUAUCAAUCAUCUGGACAACUUCCAACUUCUCAGCAUUCCAGUCCUAUUUACAUGCGUAGAAUGUUGCCAACACCUAAAAACAGUGGGGGAAUCGCGCGAAAACUAUUGAAGAGAUGUACAAAUCCAGAUUUGAUGAGAUUACAGAGAACAACCGAGAUCCGUGAACAAUCAGUUGGAAGGACGAGUUGUGAAUCCGCAAUUGUAGACCCAGUCUAUCUCGCAUUGAAACAAGCAACCGGAAGAUACUCUCGCCGUGGAUCAACCAACUUCGAAUCGGCAUCUCCGAGUCCUCGAAAUCUUUCUCAAGUAUCACUCCAGGACUCUGGCUACGUCGAUAUGGGAUCCUCAAAAGCUAACACACUUCUAGGCUCUACUCCACAACUUGACAACGCCGGUCGUUCGGUUGGUAGACGACGAGCUCCCAAACUGACCCAACAAAUGAAAUCAUUGUCUUUGGAUUGUCAAGACAUGCCCCCACGGAUCAACCAGAAUACAAGAAGUCCAUUGAGAUCAAAGCUUGCUCCACGUGAUUAUAGAAAACCAGGAAUCAAUGGUUCGUCUGAUUUCUCUGAUGUUGAGAGAUCAUGUUCUCCAAUAGUGAAGAGCAGACGAAGCAGUUCAUCAGCUUUGCAUGCCGGUGGUUAUAUUGUGAUCCACGAAUACACUCCAUCCAAUGGAUCACCAUUGGUUCUUGGUGAGAAAGUUCAUGUUGUAGACAAUGGAGAUCCGGAUUGGCUUCAUGGUUUCCGUCUCAAUGAUAGAACUGAACAUAUGAUCACGUUCCCGGCCACAUGUGUGGCUCAAAUGAUGGCUGGUGAGCAAGCGAUGAGAAUUCAGCAGAACGUGUUUGUAGCUGAGCAGAAAUUGCGGAUGUACAGGGAUCAGAUUGUAUUCGUCCAACCGGAAAGUCUUGUGGAAGGAAAAGUGACGGUUCGAACGGAGCACAACGCCCUUGCUCCAUGCCCACUCAGCUAUCUUGCCUUGAUCUGA